ACUUCUUAGCCCAGGAAGAGAUGAGCCAAAGCCCAUGAAGGAGAAAAGCCAUCUCAACAAGUUUUGGACGUACGGGCCUUGGCCCAUCAGGUUUUCGCGGGAAGCAGGCCGCCGAACGCCGUUCACCACUCACAACCGGGCCACCGGCCACCCACUUGGAGCUAUGCAUCAGUUCUCCCUCUUCUUCCAUCUUUCUGUUCUUGUUGUGCUGCUUGUGGAUUUGGCAUUUGAGACUCACUGUGAAAACGGUUCUUCCCACUAAAUUCACCGGCAUUUUCAAGAGUGGACGGUCAACAGCAACUGCAAUCAGACCCUUCUAUGCCACUCAUUAGUCAGGUAUUACCUACUUACAUUGGUUUGGCCUUGUGCUCUCAGUUGUUUUGAUUUAAUUGUUUCUUUUGUUUUUUUUUUGUUUACUUCAUGUUAUCAUGUCACUGCGAUGUCUUUUAUGGAGUGGAAUGAGAAAGUCAGUAAAAGGCAAUGCCUUGUUUUGGUUUUGAUCAAGUCAUUUUUAUUAAAGAGUUUCCUUAUUU